UCCCACGGGGCCAGCAUGAGCCGUCGGGGUGCCUUGGCCCUCGCCGUGGUCUGGGCGCUGCUGUGCCAGCAGGUCUGGAGCUCUGGCGUGUUCGAGCUGAAGCUGCAGGAGUUCGUGAACAAGAAGGGGCCGCCGGGGAACCGCAACUGCUGCCGCGGGGCCGCGGGCCCGCCGUGCGCCUGCCGGACUUUCUUCCGCGUGUGCCUCAAGCACUACCAGAGCAGCGUGUCCCCCGAGCCGCCCUGCACCUACGGCAGCUUCGUCACGCCCGUGCUGGGCACCGACUCCUUCAGCCUGCCCGACGGCGAGGGCGCCGACCCGGCCUUCAGCAACCCCAUCCGCUUCCCCUUCGGCUUCACCUGGCCGGGCACCUUCUCCCUGAUCAUCGAGGCCCUGCACACGGACUCCCCGGACGACCUCACCACAGAGAACCCCGACCGUCUCAUCAGCCGCCUGACCACCCAGAGGCACCUGACGGUGGGCGAGGAGUGGUCGCAAGAUUUGCACAGCAGCGGCCGCACCGACCUCAAGUACUCCUACCGCUUCGUGUGCGACGAGCACUACUACGGCGACGGCUGCUCCGUCUUCUGCAGGCCCCGCGACGAUGCCUUCGGCCACUUCACCUGCGGGGAGCGAGGCGAGAAAGUCUGCAACCCGGGCUGGAAAGGACCGUACUGCACGGAACCGAUUUGCUUACCAGGAUGUGAUGACCAGCAUGGGUAUUGUGAGAAGCCCGGGGAGUGCAAGUGCAGAGUGGGCUGGCAGGGUCGCUACUGUGACCAGUGCAUCCGGUACCCAGGCUGUCUCCACGGCACCUGUCAGCAGCCAUGGCAAUGCAAUUGUCAGGAAGGCUGGGGGGGCCUUUUCUGUAACCAGGAUCUCAACUACUGCACACAUCACAGGCCAUGCAAGAAUGGAGCCACCUGCACUAACACAGGCCAGGGCAGCUACACAUGCUCCUGUCGGCCCGGAUACACGGGGGCCACCUGCGAGACAGAAGUGGACGAGUGUGCAGCCGGCCCUUGCAGGAAUGGAGGCAGCUGCACGGAUCUUGAGAAUAGCUACUCUUGUACAUGCCCUCCGGGAUUCUACGGCCAGGUUUGUGAGCUGAGUGCCAUGACGUGUGCAGAUGGCCCUUGCUUCAAUGGAGGCCGUUGUACAGACAACCCAGAGGGGGGCUACACCUGCCACUGCCCAGUGGGCUUCUCUGGCUUCAACUGUGAGAAGAAGGUGGAUCCAUGCAGCUCCAUGCCUUGCUCCAAUGGUGCUCAAUGUGUGGACCUGGGGGACACAUACUUAUGCCGAUGCCGUGCCGGCUUCUCAGGACGCCACUGCAGCGACAAUGUGGAUGACUGUGCCGCCUCCCCAUGCGCCAAUGGGGGCACAUGCCGGGACGGCGUGAAUGAGUUCUCCUGCACCUGCCCACCUGGGUACACGGGCCCGAGCUGCAGAGCCCCCAUCAGCAGCUGUGAGCAGGCGCCCUGCCACAACGGAGCCACCUGCCACCAGCGGGAAGGUCGCUAUGUGUGUGCGUGCGCCCGGGGUUAUGGUGGCCCCAACUGCCAGUUUCUGUUGCCCGAGCAGCCCCUGCUGGUGGACUUCUCAGAGAAGUACGUGGAGGGCCAGGCCGGGCCCUUCCCCUGGGUGGCUGUGUGUGCCGGUGCCGUCCUGGUCCUCAUGCUCUUGCUGGGCUGUGCUGCGGGGGUGGUGUGUGUGCGACUCCGGCUGCAGAAGCGCCAGCCCCCUGCCGACCCCUGCCGGGGUGAGACAGAGACCAUGAACAACCUGGCCAGCUGCCAGAGGGAGAAGGACGUCGUGGUCAGUGUCAUCGGGGCCACGCAGAUCAAGAACACCAACAAGAAGGCCGAGCUGCACGGGGAGCACAGCGCAGGCACGCCCAGCUUCAAGGCACGCUUCCAGGCCUUGGACUACAACCUGGUGCCUGCCAGCGCCUCGGGGGACAGCACCCACAGCCAGCGGGACCCUAAGGGCCAGAGCCAGGACUCUUUGGGGGACCAGAAGGGCGGCUCAACGCUGAGAGGUGGAGACACGUCUGAACGGCGGCGGCCCGACUCGGCCUACUCCCUAUCGAAAGACACCAAGUACCAGUCAGUGUUUGUCAUCUCGGAGAAGGACGAGUGCGUGAUAGCUACUGAGGUGUGACGGCACAACUCGGCAAUCCCCGUUCCUCUGAACUGAGUAUACUUCCAAGGGUAUAAGCCCCUGAAUGCUGCUGAAAGACAUGGGAGCCCCCCAGGCAGGCUGCCUGGCCCUGCCUGCUGUGCUGCCCCCAAGGCCAGCGGGUACCCCAUUGCACUAUGGACCCUUGCUUUUUACAGAGAUAUAUUUAGAUGAGCGGACUGAACUCCACAUGGGACACGCACACUGCCUGAAGUGUAUAUUUUGGAUUCUUAUGAGCCAGUCUUUUCUUGAGCUAGAAUCACAAACACUGCCUUUAUUAUCCUUUUUGAUACUAAAAAAAAGUUUUUUCUAGGUGGAAAAAAUGUGUGUUAUUUUUUUGGACCUGUAAAAAUAUUUUUCAUGAUAUCUGUAAAGCUUGAGUAUUUUGUGAUGUUCAUUUUUAUAAUUUAAAUCUUUGGUAAAUAUGUAUAAAGGCACUUCGGGUCUAUGUGACUAUAUUUUUUGUAUAUAAAUGUAUUUAUGAAAUAUUGUGAAAUGUUAUUUGAGUUUUUUU